UUGGCCAGGAAGAAGCAGCUACUUGGAUUGGGCCACCAAAACUAGUGGCUGCUGCGCACAGCACGCACCUGAGCUAGCUAGCCAUUGUGUGCAACUGUGCAUAGCACAUUAGCACACAUGACCAUGUCGCGGCUCAUCCUCGCCGCCGUUCUCGUCGCGGCCAGCGUGCGCGCGGCCGCUCCCCGCGCGCUCGCGGCGCGCGAGCUGGCCGCCGGGGAGGAUGACGCCGCCGCGAUGGCGCUGCGGCACGAGGCGUGGAUGGCGGAGCACGGGCGCGCGUACAGGGACGAGGCGGAGAAGGCGCGGCGGCUGGAGAUAUUCCGGGCCAACGCGAGACUGAUCGACUCGUUCAACGCCGCGGCCGGGAAGCACGGCCACCGGCUGGCCACGAACAGGUUCGCCGACCUCACCGACGAGGAGUUCCGCGCCUCCAGGACCGGGUACCGGCGCCCGGCGCCGGCCGCCGGGAGCCGCGCCGGCCGGUUCAGGUACGAGAACGUCAGCCUGGCGGACGCGCCGCAGAGCGUGGACUGGCGGGCCAUGGGCGCCGUUACCGGCGUCAAGGACCAAGGAGACUGUGGCUGUUGCUGGGCGUUCUCGGCGGUGGCGGCGGUGGAAGGGCUGAACAAGAUCCGGACGGGGCGUCUGGUGUCGCUGUCGGAGCAGGAGCUGGUGGACUGUGACGUCUACGGCGAGGACCAGGGCUGCGAGGGCGGCCUCAUGGACGACGCCUUCCAGUUCAUCGCGCGGCGCGGCGGGCUGGCCUCGGAGUCGGGGUACCCGUACAACGGCGAGGACGGGUCCUGCCGCUCGUCGGCCGCCGCCGCCUCGCGGGCCGCGUCCAUCCGGGGCCACGAGGACGUGCCCCGCAACAACGAAGCGGCGCUCGCGGCGGCCGUGGCGCACCAGCCGGUGUCCGUGGCCAUCAACGGCGCGGACCCCGCGUUCCGGUUCUACGCCGGCGGCGUGCUGGGGGGCGGCGGCUGCGGCACGGAGCUGAACCACGCCGUCACGGCCGUCGGGUACGGCACGGCCGGCGACGGCACACGGUACUGGGUGAUGAAGAACUCGUGGGGCGCGUCGUGGGGCGAGGGCGGCUACGUCCGCAUCCGCCGCGGCGUCCGCGGGGAGGGCGUCUGCGGCCUCGCCAAGCUGCCGUCCUACCCCGUCUAGGUUGCUCGCCGCCGUGCCAGUCGGCAUCAACCGGUGACCCCACAGGAUAUAGUACGGCUGGUGGUGUUCGUUGGUUCGGGUGCUCGUAGCACGAAGACCGCGCACGCUACGUCAGACGCGCAUGGCAGGUUCGCCUAGUCUGCGAUUAGAUUAACGUCCUAAAUUACUCCAAUUAGUGCGUGCGUAAGCUACUAUGGCAUGAUGUGUGUAGAUGUGCAAGCCCGGCAGCAGUAAGAAUGCUCGGGGUUGUACCUUAUGUGGUGGCGACACGAGUAUUGUACUGUGCAGAAUGGUUUUCAAACUAGUUAAAUCUAUACUAUAAAUAUAAAUA